GGCGCUCGGGGCGCGCUGGGCGGGGAGCCGAGCCGGGCCGGCGGCAGGCGGACGGGGCGGGCGCGGGCGGCGAGGGCCGGGCGCCCAGGACGAGGGGCCGCAGACAGGGCCGGCCGGCUGGCGGGCGGAGCGCCGCCGCUGACGCACACGAGGAGAGUGAACUGACUCAUGCCUGCUGACGUCAGCCUGGCUAGGACCGACCCACAGUGGCAACCUGGAGUUGAGGGUUCCUAACCAAGGAGGCAGUUUCUGCGCCAUUUCACCUCUUCCUGACCCUCUUGUAGGCACCCUGAGAGUUCUGUCCUUGGGAGGGACCAGGUGGCAGCCUUAGAGGAGUACCUGACCAGCUGUGAGAUCCCAGAUGACCAGGCAUUGAUGCACCCCCAGGAAGUCCACGCACUCAAGGAGGCCACCCCCGCUGGCUGCUGCUCACAUGGUUUCUGGGCCCCUGGCACUCCGGUGGUGUGCGUGGGCAGGGCGCGGGGACAUGGGGCCCGACAUGGAGCUGCCCAGCCACUCAAAGCAGCUCCUGCUACAGCUGAACCAGCAGAGGACCAAGGGCUUCCUGUGUGACGUCAUCAUCAUGGUGGAGAACUCAAUUUUCCGGGCCCAUAAGAAUGUUCUGGCUGCCAGUAGCAUCUACUUCAAAUCCCUGGUCCUGCACGACAACCUCAUUAAUCUGGACACAGACAUGGUCAGCUCCACCGUGUUCCAGCAGAUCCUGGACUUCAUCUACACAGGCAAGCUGCUGCCCAGUGACCAGCCGGCCGAGCCCAACUUCAGCACUCUCCUUACUGCUGCCAGCUACCUCCAGCUGCCGGAGUUGGCGGCCCUCUGCCGUCGCAAACUCAAGCGAGCUGGCAAGCCCUUUGGCUCUGGACGGGUUGGGGCUGCUGGUAUGGGGCGACCACCCCGUAGCCAGCGUCUGUCCACAGCUUCUGUUAUCCAGGCUCGGUAUCCAGGGCUUGCGGACGGGCGUAAGGGAACCCACACCCACCAGGAGCUCCCACCAGCCAAAGGCUCAGAUGAUGAGCUCUUCCUCAGUGGCUCCACCCAGGAGAGCACACAUAGCCUGGGCCGGGGUGUCUGUCCAGCCAGUGGGGAGGUGGGCCUGGGGGGCUGCAGCAGCAGCACCAAUGGGAGCAGUGGGGGCUGUGAACAGGAGCUGGGUCUGGACCUAUCCAAGAAGAGCCCACCCCUGCCUCCCACAACUCCCGGACCCCACCUCACCCCUGAUGAUCCUGCCCAGCUGAGCGACAGUCAGCAUGGCUCGCCACCUUCAGCCUCCGCCCCUCCCAUUGCCAACAGUGCCUCUUAUGCUGAGCUGGGGGGCACCCCUGAUGAGUCCAUGGAUCUGGAGGGGGCUGAGGACAACCACCUGAGCCUGCUGGAGGGGUCAGGUGGGCAGCCUCGGAAGAGCCUCCGGCAUUCAUCCCGCAAGAAGGAAUGGAGCAAGAAGGAUCCUGUGGCUGGCUCCCCCUUUGAGCGGAGAGAAGCAGGGCCCAAGGGUCCCUGCCCUGGGGAAGAGAGUGAGGGGCUUGGGGACAGGGUUCCUAAUGGCAUUCUGGCUGGCAGUGUUGGUGGAGGUGGCCCCAGUGGGCCCUAUGGGGAGCCCCCAUACCCUUGCAAGGAAGAGGAGGAGAAUGGCAAGGACGGAAGUGAGGACAGUGGGCAGAGUGGUAGCGAGGGGGGCAGUGGCCACCCUGGUGCCCAUUACAUGUAUCGGCAAGAGGGCUAUGAGACAGUGUCAUAUGGGGACAACCUUUAUGUGUGCAUCCCUUGCGCCAAGGGCUUCCCCAGCUCCGAGCAGCUCAAUGCCCAUGUAGAGACACACACCGAGGAGGAACUGUUUAUCAAGGAGGAAGGAGCCUAUGAGACAGGCAGUGGGGGUGCUGAGGAGGAGGCAGAGGACCUGUCAGCGCCCAGCGCAGCCUAUGCUGCUGAACCUCGGCCCUUUAAGUGUUCUGUCUGCGAGAAGACUUAUAAGGACCCGGCCACUCUACGGCAGCAUGAGAAGACACACUGGCUGACGCGGCCCUUCCCCUGCAACAUCUGUGGCAAGAUGUUCACACAGCGCGGCACCAUGACACGCCACAUGCGAAGCCACCUGGGCCUGAAGCCCUUUGCCUGUGACGAGUGUGGCAUGCGCUUCACCCGCCAGUACCGCCUCACUGAGCACAUGCGUGUGCACUCGGGUGAGAAGCCAUAUGAGUGCCAGCUCUGUGGGGGCAAGUUCACCCAGCAGCGUAACCUCAUCAGCCACCUACGCAUGCACACCUCCCCCUCCUAGAAGCCAAAGACCCGCGGGCACCCUCUGCAGACUCGCCACUUGGGAACCCACGGAAGAAGCAAAGAGGCACGGCAGGAGGGGCUGGGACCCUGAGGUCCAGUGGGAGGCUCCUGUCAGCUCCACUGGCCCAGCCUCCCCACACCCAGAGCUUUAAUCUACAGUCUGUACCAAGGGAAGCCAAGAGGAGAGAAGCCUGCAGGCUCAGUCCCCUGUGUGUGGUGCUGGUGACCAUUCUACCUCCCUGUCCCAUCCAGGUUGCCAGCUCCCUGCAGGGGCUUCUGCAGAACCAGUGGGAGUGGGUCACAUGGGUCUCACUGAGACCUGGUCCCUUUCCUGUAGGCUGGGUUGGAGAAGGAGUGUGGGGGGGGGGGUCCCACUCCAUGCUGGUGGGGGACAAGGCUGCCUGUGGCCGGGGUGGUGUCUGGAGGAGGCCCUCCAAGCAGGGACUGUGUCUGUUUGUGUGUACACGUGUGCUUGUGUCUGUGUGUGGGCGCAUGUGACCCUGGUGCUGGGGAGCAGGUGCUGGAAGGACAGUUUCUCCUUCCCUCCUUGAGCCAGGGCAGCACUGCUCAUUGGCGUUGGGAUAGUCAGGGUGACCCCACCGCCUACCUCUCUACAACUAAAGAGCCCUCUGGGCCCAUGUUGCUGUUAUUCCUACUGAUCUGUUCCUUUUUUUUUUUUUUUUUUUUUUUUAAUUUCAAAUUUUGUUUUUUAAACCAAAACAAACAAUAGUUUAUUUUCUUCCUGCCCCUUUGGGGCUGAGCCUGGGUCUGCAGACUGAAUGUAAUUGGGGCAGCUGCCCCUCCCCAUUGUCCUCCCCUAGCCCUGGUGGGCACUGUGGGACACAUCAGUGAGCCCACCUCUUCAGGCCUCAGAAGCUCUUUUUGCCUAAAGGCUUCCCUGGUUCUCAGUUCUAUCUGGGCCACCUCAGGAGUGCUUGCUUUUCCUAUAGUUUCUGAGGAAUAUUCUUUGUCUAGAGGUACUUGUUUUUUUAUUAAGAGAAACCCCCAUGUAACAUUUAUGGGACUGUUGGAACUGGAAGAUUCGGGGGGUGGGGGGAGACUGGAUUCGCUGCCAGGGCGUUGGUACUCUCGUUUUUCAUUUCAGUGUGUGUGCGAGUGUGUGGUAUGUGCAGCGUGUAUGGACAGAUGUUUCACUUUCUUUCCUCACUGAACAAGGUGGAGAGACUUCUGACCUUUCUGACCUUUUGCUACCUCUUGAAUUCAUGACAACAGUACGUUGGUGACUGGCAGUUGAGGCCCAGAUCUUCUGUUUUCCUCCAGUGGAAGUGAGUUGGGCUCGGGCUGGCCCGAGUGUCCCUCCUGGGUCCCCGUGCUCUCUGAAGGGGCACCUGCUGCUCACUGGGCCUCGUGAGAAAUAUGAGCUGCUCACAAGGGGCAGGCACCCAAGGCACCAGGCUCCUGAGCAACAUAGGAGCUUAAAGGAGGAAGCAGCUCUGAGCAGUUCCCUGCCAGGGCCAGGAUGAGGCGGAAGUGAGCCCCCACCCAUCCUGUCCCCUGGCCUUUAGCUUGGGAGAGCAGCAGCCCCCUGCCUAGCCAGUGAGGUGUGAGGAGGAGCUGACCAAAGCCCUGGGGAACAGGAUUAGCACUUCUCAAGCAAUCCUGGCCCCCAGCCACCUGUGAGAGACUUGCCACCACUGAUGGGCUCAGCCCUUUCUGGAGUCCCACUCUUUGCUUCUCAACACAGAUUUCUCAGCCAGCCUCAGAAAGACACUUCCAUGGGCCCUGAGCCAGGCUCAAGGCCAGACCAAGGUCACCAUGUUCUGUCUUAUGUCCUUGGCUAACUGGAGCCACAGGACUGGGCCAGCAGGCUUUAUAUUCAUUUGCUUCAUUUCUUGUCAGUGUUUCUUUUGAUUUUAAGUUCAGACCAAAAAACUCCAGAGUCAUCCCCUACCCCAACCCUCUAGAGAUCCUCCCCUCCAGCUGAAAACAGCCUGAGUUCAGGGACCCAAGUGGCAAACAGUGUGUUCUUGGGAGUGAGGGAGCUCUGGCCACAUAAAGGCUCCUGGCUGAGCCCCCAUUGUGGUGCCUCCAGUCCUGAGCUUAUUCCACUUCCCUCUGGAUGGGAGACAGAGAACUGGACCCUAGGUCUCAGUUCUAGCAAGUCAGGCUGAACACCUGAGUGGAGGAGACCCCUGGGCUCCAGCUCACCCAGGGAGGAAGCAGGGCCCUACCAGACUCCCUGCUCUUUUACCCCACCCCAACCUCUCAGCACUUAAGCCACACGACACAAAGUCUGUACCGCCCGGGAAUUGUGCACGCGCCUGGCCUCCUGCAUGGCCUCCUGGGCCGUGGGCAGCUGCAUUUGUGAGGUGACUCGAAAGUAGGUGAUUCCUCUGCAGAACUUCAGGGACUGGGAGCAAAGCCCUCUCACUCAACAAUGUCUGUGCGACAUAGUAUUGUACCCACCUUAGUAUUGUAUCAAGCCUUUUCUGUAUUUUAAUGAGAAAGCAAAACACUAGUUUCCUAUUUAAGAUUUUAAGGGUUUGUGGGGCGGGGUGGGGUUGACACAACACUUAGUUUUGUUUUCUUUUCCUUUGAUUCCAUGUUGGGUGCGUGCCUGUGAGUGUGUGUGUGGAGAUGUUAAGAGCCUCACAAGGAAAUUAGGCCGUAGGAGGCCAAGGCGGCUUACAGUUCUCUGCUUUAGUCACUUAAUUCCUGAAUGUUUCGGAGAAACAGGAAACAGAAAAUAGCAGAUGUCAAUGUCAAGUAGGAAAGAAGAGAAAAAAGGAAAAAAAAAAAAAAAAAGAAAAAAAAAAAAAAGGAAAGC